CUAUAUUGGUAGAAAAAUUAUUUGUAUAAACACAUAAUUUUUGAAUUUUAAAUUGCUUUCUUUUUUAAAAAGUACUUUUUCCGCGUAAGUGAAACACCCGUAGCACCAUAGCAUUUCUGCAAACAAUAAUAUCUAUCUAGAAAAUUGUGGUCGAGACCUUCUGUAGCACCAGAGUCAAAGUCAACAAAAGCCUCCAAAAGGCUCUAUAUAAAUUACCAAUGGCAGCCACUCCUUUACAUUCAUUAUACCCAUUACUACAAAACAACCCUUUAAUACUCUUUACAAACAGCCCCCUGUUACUUCAAGACCCGUAUCAAUGGCACCGAGCGACGUGAAGGUUCUGGGUGCGGCGCCCAGCCCAUACGUGAACAGGGUUCAGAUCGCCCUCAACUUAAAACAUGUCCACUACGAGUUUCUUGAGGAGACGUUUGGGUCCAAGAGUGAGUUGCUACUGAAAUCGAACCCGGUUUACAAGAAAAUCCCGGUUAUGAUUCAUGGGGGGAAACCCACUUGCGAGUCCCUUAUUAUUGUGCAGUACAUUGAUGAGGUGUGGAAUGAUGGCCCAGGCAUUCUUCCUACGGAUCCGUAUGAUCGGGCCAUGGCUCGAUUCUGGGGUGCUUAUGUUGAUGAUAAGUGGUUGCCGACACUGAGGGGGAUUUGGAAAGCAGAGGGAGACGAGGCAAAAGCGGCAGCACUAGAGCAAUUUAUGGAAGGGAUGAUGCUGUUGGAGGAUGCUUUUGUCAAAUGUGGCAAAGGGAAGGACUUUUUUGGUGGUGACACAAUUGGGUACCUCGAUAUAGCCCUCGGGAGCUUCUUGGGGUCUGUUAGAACGAUCGAGAAUAUGGCCAAUAUAAUGCUGCUCGAUGAAACCAAGACACCUGGGCUAUUUGGAUGGGCCGAGAGGUUUGGUUCGAAUGCUGCUGUGAAAGAUGUCAUUCCGGAAACCGAGAAGCUUGUGGAGUAUGCAAAGAUGAUUGUUGCCAGAUCAAAAGCCCAGUAAUUUCCCCAAUUAGGUUGUCAUCAAGUCAAUAAUUUUGGCCGCGUAGAUUGCUCAAGUUGGUCUCUUUUUUUGUUUUGUUUUUCUUUUAAAUUUUGGUUUUUUUUUAUUCGGAGUUUUGUAAUUCAAUAAACGGUCAUGUUAGUAGCAGUUUUAUGAGUUGCUUUAUAGCCUUUUCGUUUUGUUAUUCAGAGAGUAUGUGCCAGAGUGCUGUUUUCAUUUUCUGAUGUAACUCAUACCAAAUAGUAAUGGUUAUCUGUUAGAGGGUUGUGUUCA